GUAGGUCUCGGGGAGGCCCGGACGCGCCCGUCGCAGGCCCGGCCGGCGAGCGGCGGGGCGCGGGCGGCGCGCCCAGGCCUGCGCGCCCGUCCUCCGGCGUCCGGUCACCGCCAUCCCCCCGGCCGCACCAUGGCCCUGAAGGCCGAGGGCGCCGCGCUCGACUGCUUCGAGGUGACGCUCAAAUGCGAGGAAGGGGAGGACGAGGAGGAGGAGGCCGUGGUGGUGGCCGUCAUUCCGCGGCCCGAGCCGAUGCUCAGAGUGGCCCAACAGGAGAAGACCCCACCACCUAGGCCCAGCCUGCUGGAGGCAGGAGGCGAUGGCUGUGAGGAGCCCAAGCAGCAGGUGUCUUGGGAGCAGGAGUUCCUGGUGGGGAACAGCCCGGGAGGCAGCGGGCGGGCGCUGUGCAUGGUGUGUGGGGCCGAGAUCCGGUCCCCCUCGGCGGACACGGCGCGCACACACAUCCUGGAGCAGCACCCUCACACCCUGGACCUGAGCCUUUCCGAGAAGAGCAACAUCCUGGAGGCCUGGAGUGAGGGGGUGGCCCUUUUGCAAGACAUCAGAGCUGAGCAGCCGUCCCCACCCAACUCAGACUCAGGCCAGGAUGUUGAUGCUGACCCAGACUCCGACCCUGACCCUGCCAAAAUGCCAGCAGAGAUUGUCGUUCUCCUUGACUCUGAGGACAACCCAUCCCUGCCCAAAAGGAGCCGGCCUAGGGGCCUCCGUCCCCUCGAGCUUCUCGCUGCCCCUGUCACAGAGCCAGGAAAUAAGAAGCCCCGUGGUCAGAGAUGGAAGGAGUCCCCUGGGGAGGAGCCAGUCAGAAAGAAAAGAGGCAGACCCAUGACCAAAAACCUGGACCUGGACCCAGACCCUGACCCAGACCCCCCGUCACCGGAGUCGCCCACAGAGACUUUCGCAGCUCCCCCUGAGGUCCGACACUUCACCGAUGGCAGCUUCCCGCCCGGCUUCGUCCUCCAGCUCUUCUCCCACACCCAGCUCAGGGCCUCAGACAGCAAGGACUCCCCCAAAGAGGGGAGAGCAGCAGGAGUCCUUCCCCAGCCGGAAAGCCCCUCUCCAGCUCCCCCUCCGGGGCUCCGCGGGACACUGGAUCUCCAGGUUAUCCGCGUGCGGAUGGAGGAGCCCCCGGCAGUCAACCUCCUGCAAGACUGGUCCAAGCCCCCCCAGGGCACCAAGAGAGUGGGAGCAGGUGAUACCCCAGACUGGCCCGCGGUUCUCUCGGAAUCCAGCACCACUGUCGGGGGGCAGCCGAGGGCAGAGGGUGGCGUGUAGGUUCUUGCUUUCCCCGGGGAGGGGGGUGGGAGGAGGCAGUGUCCCCCUUUGGCUUAUCACUCAGAGCUGCCCUGCUGGGCUACCUGGUGGACAGAGUAUAACCAGGUGUUGGCAGGAUGGAGGAGCGGAAGGGGCAGCGUCCGCUCUUCCUGGGGGCACUGGGAGAUGUCUGCCGCUGGCCAGGCAAGAGGCCAGGCCCUGAGGUGGGCAAGGGUGGCUGAGGGCCGGCAUGCGGUAGGGCAUUGGGCCUGUGGAGAACACCCACCCCGAUCCUUUUGCUGACCCAGACCUCUCUGUCCCCCGCUCCUCCUCCUCCCAGCCUCUCUCAGCCCCCCACCUUUCUCCCUUGGCACAGUGCCUUACACAAGAGGUGGUCGUAACGGGGUUUGAACCGAGUCCCACUACCUCAGGGGACGCCUCUCCUCCCCCACCUGUUCAGGCUUCUGAACCAGGAGGCCUCCAUUACCUCUUCCUGCUACAUCCCUGCAGGAGGCCCAAACAGCCCUCCUGGGGGCUCCAUUCACUCCCACUCUCCUUUUCACAUGUUUUCCUGUUGUAUAUAUCUCCUUUGUUGACAAUAAAUUAUUUUUUUUUAUUAAGAGA